UGGAAGGUUACUUGCAUUAUUAGAGUAAUGUUCAAUUAAAUUAAAAGUGAUUAAAAUAAAUGGGUUAAAUAGCAUGCUUAUAAAUAAUUAGGAAAAUACAUAUCAAUUAUUACAAGAUCUGAAAAUAUUAAUGAUAAAUUAUUAGAAUUCUAUUUAAAAAUGAAUGAUUCUGAUAUUAGAGAAUUAGGAAUAGAUAAUGAAGUAAAUGCUAUUCAUAAUAUAAUAAUAAGAUUGUUAUUGAAUGUGCAUUAUAUUUUCCAGCUGUACUUUAAGUUUAUACCGAUAAAAAAUGGCCUUAACUUAGUAAAUUAUUUAUGAAAUUAAUUAUUCAUAAAGAUAAGGUAUUAUUAUAUAAUAUUUCUUUGAGAGUCAAAAAACCAUUGGCUUGUAGUCUUCAUGUUUUAGCCAAAUUAUUAGGACCUUCAUUAGCAUAUUCAGAAUUACUAAAAGUCUUAGAAUAAUUACUUUAAGAUCCUAAUGAUGAAAUUAAACAUGGAGCUGUUGAAAACUUAGCCUUAUUUUUUGAUGCUAUUGAAGAAUCUAAAAGAACUUCUCUUAUUGAUAUCUUAUUGAUUAUUUAGAAAGAUUAAAAAAAAUGGAGAAUUAGAGAAUUAAUUGCUAAAUAAAUUUCUCAUCUAGCUAGAGUAUUUGAUGUUGAAACUGUUUUUUCUAUCAUUCUACCAGUCUCAAUUAAAUUAUGCAAUGAUAAUGUUUAUGCUGUUAGAAAAGCUGUAUUUAUUUUCAUUUUUAAUUAGGCUGCAAAAUAAAUAUUUGAACUUUAUGAUAAAUUUUCUAAAAAUUAAAAUGAAUUGUAUUUCAGUGUUUUAAAAUAAAAUAUCUUAGGUUUUGCUAAUAGCAAUAUGUUUAAUCAAAGAUAAAGGUAUUUUCAAUUCUUUAUAUUAGUUUUGUCAUUAUGUGUGAAAAAUUAAUGAAAUAUCAAUUAUUUCAAGUUGAUUUUCUUGAAGCAUUUAUUAAUUUAGGUUAAGAUCCUAUCAAAAAUGUCAGAAUUUCUGUUGCUAAAGUUCUUCAAAAACAUUUAUUUAAAACUAAAUAAUCAUUAAAUGAAGGUUUAUUUAAAGAAUAAACUUCUAUAUAAACUCUAUGGAAUUUAUUAAUCAAAGAUCGUAUUGUUUUAAAUUCAUUAAAUAAUAAGAAGUAUACAAUUACAAAGUAUAAAAACUUAAUAAUAUUUAGUUUACCAAAGGUUUAACAAACUUAGUUAUCUUAAAGUUAAGUUUAAUUCUAAAAAUCAGAAUAACAACCUCAACUAAUUUAAUAAAUAAAAUAAAAUUUAAAUGAUGAAGAUGAAUAAAAAUAAUUAACUAAUUCAUCUCCAGAAUAAACUUAAGAUAAUCAAAAUUAAGAAUUCAUGAUCUUAGAAGAACGAUUAGAAUAGAGCAAUUAAAUUGAAUAGAAGGAUGGAAAUAUUGAAUACGUAAAAUAAGAAGAGGAAAUUACACAAACCAUUGAUAAUAAUGAAAUUGAUAUAAAGUAAAACAAUUAUGAAGAGACUUUAUAAAAUUAAAUCUAAUUGGAACCAGAAGUAAAUCAAAAAUAAUGUGAAAAUGAUAAUUAAUAGGAAUCUUAAUUAUUACAAAAUGAUCCUAAAAUUAUUUAAGAUGAUUCCUAAAAUAGUAUGGAGAAUAAUGAAAAAGAAAUAGAGUAAGAAUGAUUAUUUUAUUAUGAAUUAG